GUGGUCAUUGGCAAUUAAUCGGUUGAUUUAAAUAAUUUCCCUCUCAGAAAUCUGAUAAUUAAUUACAGUGUAUUGGGUAGAGGCUUCGAAGCUAAACCUUAACUUUAAUAACGAUCAAACUAAAGCCUAAAUCCUAAUUAAAUAUUUGAGACUGAAUUUCAGUGUAAUCGAUUUUGUGGAAAAAAUAACUUAGAGAAAACUUAACUACAAACUGACACAGUGUUUAUAUUGAUUAAAAUAUUAAAAAUUAUUCGUCGCACAUUCGCAAAACGAUUGGUGAUUGCAUCUGAAUACCAGCUUGUACAAUCCAGAGAUGAGGCGAGGACAACCAGACGUAAACUGGAACUAUGAAGGUCGCAUACAAGGAAGAGGGCGUGGGUCAUAUUACUACCCACCAACGUAUUCAGCGCAAUCGCCAGGAUAUGAAGCGUCAUCACGUGAAGAUGAAGGUGGUAGCAGAUCUACAAGGGGAAAUGGUAAAACUCAUUAUGUGAGUGGACGAAGUUAUGGCUAUGGAUACGAGCGGGACAGAGAAAGGCGGGAAAUGUAUGAUCGAUCAAGGGAGCGACAUGAAAACAGCAAUACAGAAAGAGACGCAAAUUUCUAUUCAAGAAGAAGUAGUAGCAGAUCCACCUAUAUGAAUUACGAAACUAGAUUUCCGAGUGGACGCAAUGGUGGUAAUGUCACAACAUCUCGACGAGAAGCACGCUAUCAGCCGAUCGAUUCGAAUCAUAGUCAUCGUAGAGACGGGAACAGAAAUAGACGUAGAGAAGCUCGUGAUAUGUCUAUCAAUCGCAAUGAAACCAACCGUAACGGAAAUGAUGUACCUUCUUCUUCUUCUUCAAAUGGUAGGACAUCCCAAAAACAAGUACUUGUCCAGCCGAUGGAGUGGAAUGCACUUCGUGAAGGAAUUAGUGACAACAACGAAGCAUGUGAAAAACAACUUGCAGGACAAUCUACGAAUCAACGCGAAUCGGAGAAUAGGGCUUUGAUUAAACGUACCGGAUUAGCUCCAGGUAAUCAUACCAUCAAUCGAAUAUUACAAACGAAUCCAGAUGCCACUGCAUCCAAACAGGGAACGAGUGGUGUCCCAGUGAGCCUAGUAUCCAAUUAUUUUCGGGUCGCGAAAAGAUCAACUUUGGAACUUUAUUUAUAUCGCGUUGACUUUACACCUGCAAUCAAAAAUAAGGUGUUCCAAGGUGGUCUGCUUCAUGGACAGAUGAAAAAUUACGGCCUUUAUUUCUUUGACGGCACCAUGAUGUACAUGAUGGCCAAAUUGGAAAAAGAUGUAACUGAAUACGAUGUGAAAGGAAAUAAAGACGACCAGCAUUAUGCCAUUAAAAUUAAACUGGUGGGUUUGGUGCCACCAGACACAUACCAAUACUUGCAUGUUUGGGCAUUAUUACUACGAAAAUGUGAGAGAGCUUUAGGCUUGCAGUUGGUGGGUCGAAACUACUAUGAUCCAGACCCUUCACUAAAACGUAACAUAUACGGCUUCAAUCUUGAAUUGUGGCCUGGAUUCGUCACAGCCAUACAUCAACACGAAAAGGAUAUACUGUUAUGCGUCGAUGUAUCCACCAAAGUUAUGAGAACCGAUACUGUCUACGACAUAAUGAGAAAAUUUAAGAACGAUAGAGAAUUGAUUCAGGAAAAAGUAUUGGGCAUGACUGUACUAACCACGUACACUAACAAGACGUAUAGGAUUACUGAUAUAGACUUCAAUCAGACUCCCUCGAACGAAUUCGAUUUGAAUACGGGCGAGAAGACCUCAUUUAUUAAGUACUUCGCAACUAAAUACAAUCAAAUUAUAAAAGAUCCACAUCAGCCCUUGUUAAUCGUAAGGUCGUCUCAACGUCAGAAACGGGCUGGACAAUCUGAUAUUUUUGCAUUAGUUCCGGAACUGUGUAUAGCGACUGGCUUUGACGACAGCAUGCGGACUAAUCAUGUCCUGAUGAAAACUGUUGCCAAGUUUACCAGAUUGAAUCCCACAGAACGUAUACUAAGAUCGCAAGCGCUCAUUCACCGUCUACGAAAUAACGAGAAAUGUCAAGAAAUAUUUAAGGAAUGCGAAUUUCAGCUAGACACGAAUCCCACUAAAAUUACUGGCCGCCGAUUAAUAGACGAGUCGGUCAUCUUUGGUGGACAACAACAAUUCGUUACCACGAAGUGGUCCAACCAAUUCCAUAGCAGUGAAAUGUACGGAUCGGAACAUUUACACAAUUGGAUAUUGAUAUAUCCACAGGCCGCUAGUAAUCAGACACUAAAAUUCGUUUCUACGUUACAGCAGGUUGCUAGAGGAAUGAACUACAUCAUAAAAGAUCCAUACAAGCUGAUGUUACCGGGUCAUGAUACUACUAAUUACACAGGGAUAUUGGACGAAGCGAAAAAUAGAAAUCCACAGUUAAUUGUAGUUGUUCUUACAACUCCAGACGAAGGUAUAUACGGAUGCAUUAAGAAGUAUUGCAUUGAAAAUGCUAUUCAAUCGCAAGUAUUGCUCAGUGACACUAUCAAAGGGAAAAAGAAUGCAAGGGGUCCUUCAAUUAUGUCUGUUGCAACGAAAGUUGUCAUUCAAAUCAACUGCAAACUUGGUGGCUUACCUUGGAUGGUGAACAUCCCACUCACGGGAUUGAUGACAUUUGGUUUCGACGUUUUCCAUAACAUUAAAGACAAACGUAAGAAAUCGUGCGGAGCAAUCGUGGCAACAUGGGACAUGAUGGACAUAAGGACGAAGAGGAUAUCACAAAAAUAUUACUCGGCCGUCAGUGCCCAUAUCAGUGGCAAUCAGCUGAGCACCGACCUUGCUCUGCAAGUUUGUCAAGCAGUCAGGGAAUACUUUGUGCUGCACAAAUCCCUACCGAAACAUAUCUUAUUUUACCGUGACGGCGUCGGCGAGGGACAAAUCACAUACGUCAAAGAGGUAGAAAUUAAAAACAUCCUCGAUGGACUUAGCAACUAUUAUGGCGAUACGAGAGUCCCUUUGACGUUCAUCCUCGUGACAAAGCGAAUAAACACACGGUUUUUCGUGCACAAUGGAGAAGAGUAUCAAAACCCUCAACCUGGCACUGUUGUCGAUGAUGUGAUUACAAAGCCCGAGAAACACGAGUUUCUUUUAGUUUCAUCACAGUUGGGCCAAGGAACGGUCAGUCCUACUAAUUACAAUAUACUUCUCAACAAUAUGGGUCUAUCGUCGAAUGGGUUACAGAGACUAACUUACAAAUUAACGUAUUUAUACUACAAUUGGUGUGGUACAUUACCUGUGCCCGCUGUUUGCCAAUACGCUCACAAGCUGGCGUUUUUGGUUGGUAACUACGGUUUAACACCACCAUCUAAUGACCUCCAAAAGAAAUUGUACUUUCUCUAAUUUUAUGAAUAAGACACCAGAGUAAAGGUGGUUAGACUUUUAUUAGCCAAAUUCUCGUAAGCAUUUAAUGGAGCUAAUAACUCAAUUGUAAAAUUCGUAGGAGCUCUACAAGUUAGAACGGCUGUAUUUAAAAAAAAAAAUCGAUUUAAUUUAUCUUUCGUUAAAUUUAUUGUAGCUCCGACACUUUUUUUUUGAUUGAAUAAAUUUAAGUCACAGUUGUUAAAUUUAGCAGCGCUGACAGGAAUUGGCAGGCUAU